ACUACCCUCUACUCUUUAAUUACCCUUCUUCUCUCUCUAUCUCCUCAUCUCUUCCAAAAGUCAGCGCCUUCCUUUGUCUCCUUCUUCAUUCAUUCAUUCCUCUCUUUCUCUCUCUUCCCCUGUUUUCUCUCUCUUCACCAUCCAUGGAAAACCCACCAGAUUGGGAUCUCCUUGCUGUUGUUAGAAGUUGUUGUUCAACAACCACCACAACAUCCUCCAUUUCAACACCAGAUCUAGAACCUUCUAUUCCACCUCCACCCCCUUCUUCUAAUUCUUCUUCUUCUACAUCAAGUGUUUUAUUCCAUUUUCCAAAUAAUCCAUUUGAAUCUUGUCCUCUAACGACGUCGUUUUUAUGUGGGCAAAAAGAUUUACAAGAUGUUUGUAAACCCCCUGUGAUUUGUUCAACAACAUCUACUAAUAAUAUCAACAACAACAUGCAUAGUAAUAGUUUUCAAUCCCCUGUUUCUUCCCCUUCUUCUGUUAUAACACCAAGAUCUUUGGGUGUUUUUGAACAACAACAACAAUUUAGAGGAUUAAUUAAGCCAUCACAAGUAAUUUUUCGGGCUACUACUCCUUCAAUUGCUACUACUCCUAUUGGUGUUACUAAUUCUUCACAUGUUCAAAGAACUAAAAAAAGGAAAAAUUUGAUGAAAAAGGUGUGCCAUGUUCCUGCUGAAGGUCUUUCUUCUGAUAUGUGGGCUUGGAGAAAAUAUGGUCAGAAACCCAUCAAAGGUUCUCCAUACCCAAGGGGAUAUUACAGAUGCAGCAGUUCAAAAGGAUGUUUAGCAAGAAAACAAGUAGAAAGAAACAGAUCAGACCCAAAAAUGUUCAUAGUUACAUACACAGCUGAACAUAAUCAUCCUAUGCCGACUCACCGAAAUUCCCUCGCCGGAAGUACACGUCAGAAACCGCUUACCACCGUCGGAACUCCGCCGGAACAACCCACUUGUUCUUCACCCUCCGCCGCCAGUCUCUCUCCGUUGACCGAAAAAUCCGAGUCAAAAACCGAUGUAGAUGACAUUAUGAAAGAAGAAGAUGAUACAAAUGAAAUGGGUUUAUCCGAUUUAAUUCUUAACGAUGAUUUCUACGUGGGUUUUGAGCAAAUCGACGGUGGAUCCGACGGUAGUGAUUGUUUAUCCGAUCAAUUCUCGCCGUCGUCGGAUUUCCCUUGGUUGGUUAAUAGUAGUAGCACGGCGACCGCCGCCGGUGGGAGUUGACUUUUUCCGAUAUAGGGUUGACUUUUUGUGAAGGGUGAAAUUUACAAGUGGUUGAUGAUGGUGGGAUUGACUUUUGAUCCAUUGACAUGAUGCUUUCCCACUUUUAAUUUAGUCAACUUUUAUUUUAUUUUAUUUUUUUAAUUUUAUUUUUUGUAUUUUUUUGAGGGGAAGGUGGGAAAAUGGUCUCACUAUUUGUGAGAAUCUAUGUAAGGUCACAGUGGCAUUGUGAAGUUGUGAUUUGUAAGGUAGUGGGAAUGAAUAGUGAAAGAAAGGUUGAGAGAAGGAUAAGGAAGAGAGAGAAAGAGAGAUGACACUUUUUGUUGGUAGAAUCUCAAUUUCUCUACUAAAACUAAAGGACUAAAGGAGUAUUCCUUUUAUUUUUCUUUUACUUUUGGAAAAAUUCUAAACUUUAGUGUAAUAAUUUUUGCAAGCUACUUCAAUAUCCUUAUAAAUAUUUUAGUUGUAGCCAAUGCUAUUGUGUAUAUUGAUUAUUAGUUUUAUAGAUGUAUAUUGUAAGACUAUUGCUACUAAUGUUGUAUCUUUGAUAUGUUUAUAAGACGAUUUCUCGGUUACAUA